AUAGGUAUUAUAUCUAUGAGGUAAAAGAAAUCGUAACGUUGAUUACACGAGGUUAUUUUAUUUUAGACCAAAUAAAAGUGCACUAAAAUAUCUAACUAAAUACAAAUAACAGGAAAUUCUUAUCUUAUCUGCUAAAGUGCGAGUUUGCAGUGUUUUAUUGAUCAAAGCGAAAGAAGAAAACUUUGUUACAAAAUGCCUCCACCACCAAAAAAGGCACCUACAAAAGGUGCUAAGCAAAUCCUCAGUGAAAAUACAGCUACAGUUCUGUUCUACCGCAAUAUGGCCUUAGCUGCGAGUGCGUUUUACGGCAUUUUGACUAGCGCAUUGUACUACGAUCAACUCACUGGAUGGAUCAUUUUUUUGAAUGUGUUCGUGUUGGUGAUUUACAUCGGGUGCUAUCGCAUGAUGACUUACAUCAGCCGACCGACAUACUCGGACAACAGCCAGCUCAUUGAUCCGGGGCUCGACUUGAACAUGGAGGGUGGCAUGGGAGAGCACGUGAAAGACAUAGUGAUCCUAACAUCCAUAACGCACGUGCUCGCCGUCGCGUCUAACUAUUUCUGGCUCCUACUGGUUCUGCUGCCGCUGCGAGCCUUCUGGCUCCUCUGGACCAACAUCCUCGGCCCCUGGUUCUUCCAAGAGGCGCCACAGGACACGGAACAGAACGAAAAGAAACAAAAGAAGUUGGAAAGGAAAAUGAAGCGGUAUCAGCAAUAAUCGAAGUGCAAGCUUCGCGUUGCAAUAUGGGUCGUAUAAGGCUGAUUUUCUAUGAGACCUGUUAUUAUCAUUGUUUAUGAGGUUAUCACACUGAUGGGGAUCCGCACGCUCCAGUGUGUGAGCAGGACAGCGCUAUGCACGUAUAUGGCGAAGUCUCGCUCACACAUUGGAGCGGCAUGCAGAUCUGCAUCCAAUAUGAAAACCAAUGAAGACCGAAGUAUUUUCCUCAGCCGAACUAGUUUAAGUAUAGGAUACUUCGAUUACGCAUAAUUUUUAUGAACCUCGAGGUGGUUAAAACACAAUCGUUUUACCAAAGAUUAAUUGAUUGCGUAAGAAAUAUCGCUUUACACCCAGCCGCAAAAUUCCAUAGCCACUUCAUGAAUUAAUUAAUUCAUAAUGUGUCCAUGCAAUUUUUCAGCUCGCUGUACUGCGUCAUACGUUUGUCGUCAUUGAAUUGCAAACGUGAGGAGGCUUAUAGCGUCAGCUACUUAUAACAUUUGAAGCGACAAUAGGGGAUAUUACUGCAAUAAUCUGCCGCCAGAGAGCAGCACUAGCACAUAUACAUAUAUAUUCUAUGCCUUAAACAGUUAUUUGAAAACUUUUCACUAUGAUAUUGAUGCAUCAAGGCGGUUUGUUUACAGAGGUCCACCGCGAAACUCAAAAAAUCUAAAAUUCGUUACCUCGAAUACGUUCUAUACGCUCGAAUAUUCAAGAGUGAUAGAGACGCAAAUAACGAAAUUUUGAUUUUCGUGUUUCGCGGUAGGCCCUCAGUAUACGCUAGUGGUGCCCCCUACGCAGAGUUUUGCGUAAUAUCCCCUAUUUUCCUUAAACUUGCAUCUUAUACGGUCAAUGAAUUUUUGGUGUUUCAUAUGGACAAGUAUUGAGCGCAUAUGUUAGGUUGACCAUUCAUAUAUCUGCGAAUGUAAUGGACACUAGAUCGAGCCAGUAUUUCAGCACUGGCCAGUAUUUAAUAAAGACAAAAUUAUGUACUUGGACGCCACUUUCCUUUAAAAAAUGACGUGGUAGGUAAUCCCAUGAAAUACACCCGUAAACGUCCGUUUUUAUCUCAUUCUGAAAGAGAGAAUAUGUUUUUCCUAGGUUUAUAUACAUAAAGCUUAUUAAAUACACAUGUAUUAAUUAAAAUUAAGAAGUACAUUAAGUGUUGUAUACUUAAAUUUUUUUUUGUUACUUGCUUAUAUGUGGAUUAUGGAAAUAUAAAAAAAAAAUUAUAUAAGGAUUACAUUUUGUAUAAAUAAACUUUUAGGUUAUAUGA